GUGUGGAUUUUUAUCAGUGUACGUAUUUACCGGCUUCCAACAAUCCCCGAUGGGUUCCAGCACCGGUUCCGAGAGCGAUUCCGACGACCGGAAGCGCCACAAGAAGCACAAAAAGAAAGAAAAGAAAUUCCGCAAGCAUAAGAAAGAGAAGAAACACAAGAAGAAGAAAUCACACAAAAAGCGCGAUCGCCGAAGGAGCAGUUCCGGAAGUGGCAGCGAAUCGUCCUCGUUCGAAGGGGGUCGGGAUGAGUGGGUUGAAAAGGUGCUUCCGCAGCAAGCGGAAGGCAACAGGCUGGAGCGGGAAGACUGGAUGAAUUCUAUGCUGAUUCCUACGUAUAGCAAGGAACCCAAGAAGGACGAGAAGAAAGCGGUGGCGGAACAGUACGAUCCCAAGACCAGCGUCCGGGAGUUGAAUCCGCAUUGGAAGAACGGAGGAGCUGGUUUGCCCAACUUUCGGAAGCCGGUGGAAGACGAGGAUGAUGGUUAUGUUGGAAAAAGGAACUUCAAUAAGGAACCGUCUGGUAGAGAUUCGGGGAAAAGCGGUGGUUGGAAGAAAACUGAAAAGCAUACGGAAGAGACUAGAGAUGGCGGGAAAGGCCGGGAAGAUACAUCAAAACAGAUGGUAUCUACUUCCAAUGAUGAUGGAAUGUUUCUGUCGGAUCAACAGUUGAACGAUCUGGGCGCCAAAAUAGUGAAGGCGGAGAUUAUGGGCAACACUGUUUUGGCGAACAGUCUUAAGGAACGUUUAGAGAAGGCCAAGGCUUACCGGAAUGAAAUUAAAACAGCUGCAAAACCGGAAGCGAGUGCUGGUUCCAGCAAACGGAAAGAACCAGAUACGGAAGAAGUCAGCUUUGCAGUUAGCAAAUCAGCUGAUAGUGCACGACAUCAGAAUAAGAAACAACGAAGGUAUCAGCAAAAUCUUCCCCCAGGAGAUUUGGCUGAUAAAUUCCGAUCGGAACGAUUCGAAAACGACAACAUGGAUGCCCAGUUCUUCAAGGUAUCAUCCAAGCUGGAUCGAGAAGCCAACAAUUUGGACAACAUUUUCGGUCACAGCAGCGCCAGCACGGCCGAUUCUGGACGAUCCAACGAGGAGAAGGUUGUUCGGGACAUGAACAAGCUUUGUCGGGCGCAAGCGGAUUGCGAAAGGUGCAUCAACUCAUCCCAGUUCUUGCAGGACAAUGUCAUCUCUAUGGGUGAAAGCGUGUUCUUGGCAGUACCUAGCUUUAGGGCACUACAGCCAAAGCACUGCCUUAUCGUUCCUAAUGGCCACUAUCCAGCCCUAACUCACAUGGACGAAGAGGUCUACCGGGAACUGAUAGACACGUGCAAAGCACUAAAACGCAUGUUCACGGCCCACAAACAGGAAGUUAUUUUCUUCGAGACAGUCCGAUACAUAAACCGCAAUCCGCACACAUACGUACAGUGCGUCCCGGCGGACAACUACGAGAUGGCACCGUUCUACUUUAAGAAAGCGAUCCUGGAGUCGGAAACCGAGUGGGCGAUGAACAAGAAGCUGCACAACAUCCAGGGCCUGGAAGUGCGGCGAACCAUCCCGAAGGGUUUGCCCUACUUUUGGGUCAAUUUCAACCUAGAAAAUGGGUUUGCGCACGUUAUCGAGGACCAGGAGGAGUUCCCGGUGACGUUCGCUUCGGAAACCAUUGGUGGCAUUUUGGGAUUGGAAACCCGUGACUGGCGAAAGCCUAGUCGAGAACGAAACCCCCAACAGCGGGUUAAAGAGUUCAUGCAAUGGUGGAAGGAGUACAAUAAUUUGACAAAAGCUUAGAAUUUUGUGUGAGAAAUACAUUUAGGUUGCAUCGUUUUGAACCAAA